AUGCCACAUUCAACGAAACCCAGCCGGCCAAACACGCCGGCACUCCCCAUCGAGCUGUGGAUGCACAUCCUCUCGUUCGUCUCCGACACCGAGGACCUCCCGCAAGUCUGGUUCGCCGCCCGCGCGUCGUGCCGCCUGCUGCGCGUCGCGACCGAAGCCGCCUUCCCGGCCGCCCACCUGCGCCGCUGGCUGCACGUCUGCUCGUUCCGCAUCCCCGGCGCCGCGCUGGCCUUCAACCGCAUCGCCGACGGCAACAAGGGCAGGGCCGUGCUGAGGGCCGAGCCGUGGAAGGGCUUCGAGGAUAAGCCGGGCAGUCGGGCUGCUGGUCAGUCGAUUGCGAGAGGCGAAGCGAAGCUCGAUGAGAGCGUGACGAGAGACUGGACAAACGUGCUAGAGGAGAGCUCCGCGAAGCGGUUUGGAGAUCAUAUGGUUUGCUUGAGGGGGGUGGUGCAAGAUACGGAAGUUGCCGGGUGGAGUAUUGUGAGCGGAGAGGAUGACGUGUUUGAGGUGGAGGUGGACUGGAAGGAAAUGUUGAACAGAUUAUUUGGGGAGGAAUUGAAGGCGAGGAGAAGGGGAGAAGUUCUGGCCCAGCGCUUUAAGAGAGACCGUGAAGACAAAUGGGCCGUAUAUGGUCCAGAGGUCAUCAACGAUCAACUGAACUUCAGAACCUUCGAGGCAGUCCUGUUGGGGAAUGAGAACCAUCGCGCAUACCAGAAUGGGUAUCGUGAUGCUCGCCGUCUACGUAUCGAGCAGUGGAUCGAGAGGGCCGAGAAAAGCCCAGAGGGCGCGUACGCACUGCGAAAGAAAGAGAUCGAUUCGGAGUGGGUGCCCAACUUCCGGAUGAACGCGGUGCGGGAGCGUUUGGAGAAGAAAAUGGUCGAGUGGGGUGAAGAGCGGUAUCCGCAGCCUUCAGUCAUCAGGAAAAGGCUUCUGGAAAGCGACGUACCGAUGAAACGCGAGCUGUGUACGCUGGAUGAUGAGCUCGCGGCGGAAGAUGAGGAUUGGUUUUAUGACGAUGAAGUCGACUCGGAGAGGUACACAGAGGUUGGUCUGCUUUGGAAAGGCAGAACGUCAGAAGAGGUGGAAAGGAUCAUGCGCGUUGGCGAGUUCGCAGUCAAGCUAGACUCGUUACCGCCUAACAAGCGUCGAGCAUGCACGAGUGGGUCCAGGAUCUUCAACGUAUCAUGCUAG